GUCUGCCCAACAGGAGGCCGGGCGGGGUCUAGUCGGUGUAAUCCUUGAGAGGGUUUGCAAAGGCAAAAAAAAAAAAAAAGAUCAAGCAGAACUUUUUCAUCCUAAACUACAUCAUUCCUCUCCGAUGGUCCUGUCUGAACUGAAGUAUGCUGGCUUUGACUGAUUCUUGGUACUUCCAUAUUAUUAGCCCAGAUUGUGUUUAUCAGAUAAUCUGAGAGGUUAUAGUAAUAAAAGCGGAACUUUUAACUGGCUGUGUGCUCCCAAUGCUUUUGUCCUUCAUCAAGUAAGAUCGACAGAAAUUGAAUGACUAGUUGUUAGAAUAAAUGCUCUGGGAAUAAAAACAAUGGCACUUUUUGGAUUACUACGCCUACACGUUUUGCUGACAGCUGUAUUGUCAGUUCUCCCCUACAAUUACCAGUACCAAGGGAAUUGGAUGUGGCUGGGCAUUGCAUCAUUUGGUGUCCCUGAAAAGAUGGGAUGUGCUAAUUUGCCUCUAACCAGCAAACAAAAAGAUAUUUGCAAACGGAAGCCUUAUCUAUUAUCUAGCAUCAAAGAGGGAGCUCGACUGGGAAUACGGGAAUGCAAAAAUCAAUUCAAACAGGAGAGGUGGAAUUGUUCAACUUUGUCAGAUCCGUCGGUAUUUGGAUUCGAACUCACUAGCGGUACCAAAGAAACUGCAUUCAUUUAUGCAGUUACUGCUGCAGGCCUUGUCUAUUCGAUAACUCGCUCCUGCAGUGCAGGGAAUAUGACGGAAUGCUCAUGUGACAGAACCCUAAUGGGUGGUGGCUCAGCUGCAGAAGGCUGGCACUGGGGUGGAUGUUCUGAUGAUGUCCAGUAUGGAAUGUGGUUCAGUAGGAAAUUCUUAGACAGCUUUAGCAAAAAUAAAACUACAAAGGGAGGUGAUGAGCUUGUAGCAAUGAAUAUGCACAACAGUGAAGCUGGCAGACAGGCAGUUUCAAAAAUGAUGUUGAUGGACUGCCGUUGCCAUGGAGUUUCUGGAUCCUGUGCAGUGAAAACCUGUUGGAAGACAAUGUCUUCAUUUGAAAAAGUGGGAGACUUCCUAAAGGACAAAUAUGAAAAUAGUAUCCAGAUUCUAGAAAAAUCUAAAAAGAAAAUGAGAAGAAAACUCAAAGAGCAUCAGAAAAUCCCAGUCAGCAAGGAAGAUUUAAUCUAUAUCACAAAGUCUCCAAAUUAUUGCUUAGAAGAUCCGAAACUGGGAAUCCAUGGGACACGUGGUAGGGAAUGUAACCGAACCUCUUCAGGACCUGGUGGAUGUAACUUGCUUUGCUGUGGAAGAGGGUAUAAUACUCAUGUUGUACGACAUGUGGAAAGAUGUGAAUGUAAAUUUGUUUGGUGUUGCUACGUGCGUUGCAGAAGAUGCGAGAGCAUGACAGAUGUGCAUACCUGCAAAUAGUGACAUGUUCUGGAGUUAAAGGAAAAAUAAAAAAGAAAUACCAAGCUAUUAGGUAAAGAAAAAAAAAUAUAUAUAUACACUCCUGCAGAUCUAGUUUGAUGAAAAAGGACUACAAUGAAGGCCAGUAAAGCUGAUAAACAUAAAGUAUGCAGUUUUUCAUUAACUGAAAGAAAUUAAACUGCUAUUUUGAUGCAUAUGCCCAGCAUGGAAAACCCUGUGUGGAUGCACAUCAAAAAGUGACUACAAAGACAAUGGAGGCAUCCUAAAAGGAAUUAAAAACACUAUAGCAUACAAUAAAACAUAUUUUAAAUUAAAAUAUUGGGAAAAUUUGAUGAAUGUUAUAACAAUGCAAAACUAAAAACAACAUCAGCACUUGCUCUAAUGAGUGAAAAAAAAUGAGAAUUUUUUUCUAUCAUAAGGUUUACAUAACUUUACAACAUUUUAAACUAUAUUAGUCUGUGGUCACUACUUAUGCUACAAUGCCCAUUGUGACCAUGAGAAUCCAACCCAAGAAGGCAACGCAAGAAAAUUUUCUGCACACGUACUUUACGAUGGCUUCUUCCAGAACUGAGUCUAAACUGCAUCAGUUUAUCCAUGUGAUAUGGAGAUAUCCAGUGGAAUGUCAUCUGUCUCAGAGUACCUGAAGGAAUACAUAGAUCAUUAUAUUCAGAAUAUGACAGUACUUUUAUAUAACUAUUUCCCUCCCACAACGUUUCUUGCAGUUUUAUAAAAAAAAAUAAAAAAUAAAUAAUAAGUCUGUUUUGUUUUAUAUGUAUAAAAAGCAGAUGCAAAAGAGAAGUUACAACUACAGCCCACAAAGGCACAUAACAAUACAAUGUGUCUUCCAGACCCCACAAAGGAUGAGAGGUCAUGCUGGAAAUUUUGGAGUAGCUUUAGAUUAAAAUCUUUAUUUUAUAAGGAUACUUAGUGGGCUUAUAUGUGUAGUUGAGACAUCACUGCCUUACUAGAGAUGCUACUAUGUUUAUAUUUAAAUCACAAAACAGGGGCACUAUAGAAUGAUUACA